AUUUGUCUGCUUUGCUUUGGAUCCCUCUAUUAUACUCUCAUUUUACCAACGUCGUUUUCUACUGAGGAGGAAAAAGGCUUUUAUUUGUUAUUGGUGUGUGUUCAAAGCGACGGGCUGCCCUGCUUGUGUUAAUCGUGGCUGUCCCCUCCCUUACCUCGUGCCACCGCCCCUCUCUCCGAGGAGCGUGAGAAGAGGCAACAGGAGAAAGCGUCUGUUCUGUGAUCACUGGAUGAAACAUGACGGCAGUGCUGGACAUCAACCAGGUUUCCUGUGCAGUGAGCAGUGUGGAGCAUGACAUCGAGACUCCUCGCGGUGUCCUUCAUGUGACUUUGAGAGGGACUCCUAAAGGCAACAGACCGGUCAUUCUCACCUAUCAUGACAUUGGACUCAACCAUAAGUCCUGUUUCAACACACUGUUUAACUUCGAGGACAUGCAGGAGAUCACCCAGCACUUUGCUGUGGUCCAUGUUGAUGCUCCAGGCCAGCAAGAAUCUGCCCCUCCUUUCCCCACCGGGUACCAGUACCCAACCAUGGAUGAUCUUGCCGAGAUGCUGCCCUCAGUUCUGACGCAGCUAAAAAUCAACAGUGUGAUUGGUAUCGGUGUGGGCGCAGGAGCAUAUAUCCUCACUAGGCUGGCUCUGAAUGAGCCUGCUCUGGUGGAGGGGUUGGUUCUCAUCAAUGUGGACCCCUGUGCUAAGGGCUGGAUUGACUGGGCUGCCUCUAAGUUAUCUGGAUGGACCAGCAGUCUGGUAGAUAUCAUUAUGGCACACCACUUCAGCACGGACGAGCUGACAGAGAACCAGGAGAUCAUUCAAACAUAUCGUCUGCACAUCGCUCAGGACAUCAGUCAGGACAACCUGGCUCUCUUCUGCCAAUCCUACAACAGUCGGCGAGAUCUGGAGAUUGAGAGGCCCGUCCUGGGAAUUAAUGAAGACACAGUCACACUGAAGUGUCCUGCCUUGUUGAUCGUUGGUGACACGUCACCAGCAGUAGAGGCUGUGGUUGAAUGCAACUCAAGGCUAAAUCCAACCAAGACUACUUUACUCAAGAUGGCAGAUUGUGGUGGACUUCCUCAAGUUGUCCAACCGGGUAAACUCGCGGAGGCUUUCAAGUACUUUGUCCAGGGAAUGGGCUACAUGCUGCGUUCUUCAGCGUUCCCUCAUGUGCUACUCAGCCACCUGAACAGCGAACCAGUGCCCACUGCCAGUAUGACCCGAUUGGCUCGAUCUCGCACUCACUCUGCCUCCAGCAUGGGCUCAGCAGACGGCUCCCGCAGCCGCGCACAUACCAGUUCACAGAUGGAGGGCGCCACUGGCGGUCCGGUCAAUGACAACCAGACCAGACCGCAGACCAUGGAGGUGUCCUGCUAAAGCACCCAGAACCAAGCCACCAUUUCACCUGGGAUCAUCCACGUGUGGCACUUCUGCACUUCAGAUGGCUUUCUGUCCAUUUUGGGGUUUUGUUUCCACUGUUACUCGUUCUACUUGUUCUCCUGUGGCCAGAGAGUGCUGGUCUAAUGAAGGGAUGCAUUGUUUGAUGUCUAGUAAUCCAUGUAUUUUACAUAUUGGAAUAUUUUUCCACUGCAUGGAAGCACUAAUCUUUUGCUGAUGUUUUUACCUUGAUUUGAAUUGGCUUACUACUUUAUUUCUCCAUUCUGUUAUAUUUGUGUCAUCCUUUGGAGAUUCAUUUCCACUAUGGAUAUGCUUCUUGUGUGUAUAUUUUGCUGGAGGCUGUUAUAUUUUGAACAUUAAGAGGUUGUUCUUGUUUGUAGCCGGAGAGAUUUAGUUCCCUCUCUUGCUCUCUCUAAGGUCUUCCUGCCCCGUGUUUACUAUAGAGAUGACCAAACCACUUCACUUUCUCCUAAUCCAAUUUUUUAGUUCAGUUUCUGCUGCUCUCAACCUAUGCUAUCGGCUAUUAUAGUUUGCUAUUAAUUGACUGUCUGUCAUUUGUAGUGUUUCUAGAAAACGUAAUCUACUGGUUAGCAUGUCCCUAUUUAAAGUGUACAGUAGACAUUUAUGUUAGUAUUACUUAUAUUUAAUCUUUCUGCAAAUGGUUUAUUCAGUUUAAUUAAAUUCUGUGUAAAUGGAGAACUUGUAUUGAGUUUUAGACCAGAACCCCCUAAUAGCAAAGACGUUGCUUAGGUUUGCACUUAACUUGAUGUAAAAUAUUUUUCACAGCCUGUGCUUGGGAGAUCAGCUACACCAAACAAGUAACAAGUAACUGAAUCUAAGAUCUGCAGCUUGUUCAGAUAACAUUUACCAUAGAGGGCAUCUGGAGGUAUAAAACGGCAUGAUUCCUCUAAAGGCACUAGACCGUAGUGGUAAAUGAUCUGUAUACUUUUGGCUUAAGAGUCUCUAUUCUUUCUGUACAGCGGGCUGAUGUUCCUAUAACCUCUUAAUAUUUUGACUACUGUUAGAUUCUGACGUUUUAUUGUUCUUGGCAUUUAUUUCAAUGGAUGGCAAUUCCCUGUUGAUUUGCUGAUUGUACCUCUGCCUUGAGUGAGUUUGUGAUGGUGGGUUGUGCUUUGUCCUCCAAGCAUUUAGGGGGCGCUGUACUGCAUACUAUCUACUGAGUAUACCGAUUUGUACGAAUAUUGAAAUAAAGUAGUUGUACAUAAAA